AUGGAUGCAAGAGUUGGGGGACAGGGGCAUAAGGCAGAGAACCAGGCCUCCAGCCAGGGCACCAAAGUCUGGAGGCCACUCCAGAUCGCAGCUGGCUGCCGCUUGGUCCCUGAGCCAGCUCUUGGCCCCGUGGAUCGUCUGGGCUGGAGAGUUUGGCUCCACCGAGACCACCCUGCGCGGACCUGUGAGCAAAGGCGACACCGAGCGGUGAGGCUGGCGGAGGGGCUCAGAGUGCGUUCGGUGCGCGAUUGCAGGGUGAGCAGCUUCCGAGUCAAGGAGAACUUCGACAAGGCUCGUUUCUCUGGGAUCUGGUACGCCAUCGCCAAAAAAGACCCCGAGGGUCUCUUUUUGCAAGACAACAUCAUCGCCGAGUUUUCCGUGGACGAGAAGGGUCAUAUGAGCGCCACAGCUAAGGGCCGAGUCCGUAUUCUGAGCAACUGGGAAGUAUGCGCAGACAUGGUGGGCACUUUCACAGACACUGAAGAUCCUGCCAAGUUCAAGAUGAAGUACUGGGGUGUAGCCUCCUUUCUCCAGCGAGGAAAUGACGACCACUGGAUCAUCGAUACGGACUACGACACCUUCGCUUUGCAGUACUCCUGUCGCCUGCAGAAUCUGGACGGCACCUGUGCGGACAGCUACUCCUUCGUGUUCUCUCGUGACCCCAAUGGCCUGACCCCAGAGACACGGCGGCUUGUGAGACAGCGGCAGGAGGAGCUGUGCCUAGAAAGGCAGUACCGCUGGAUCGAGCACAAUGGCUACUGUCAAAGCAGACCCUCAAGGAACAGUUUAUAG